AGAGCAAAGUCGCCCCCAGGUUGCUGUUGCCGGUGUCUUCUCCGGCUCCUCCGGAGCUCCCUAUAGGCCACCCGGUCGGGCCCCCCACCUGGGCCCAUGCCAGCCGGUGCCCAGUGACCUCUGACCCCUGGCGUGAUUCUGGGCUUUGGUGAGGGCCAGUCCCCGGCCAUGGAGCUAGGCAGCUGCUUUAAGACCUACGAGGACUUCAAGGAGUGUUUCAGCGCCUACAAAAAGGAGACCAGGUGCUCCUUCAUUGUCAGGGACUGCAUCUCCGUCCGCUUCCACAACCUCAACCACGGCACCUCCUUCCGCGAGGAUAUCCUAUAUGUGCAGGUGAAAUUUGUCUGUAUUCGGACGCAAUCAAACAGGAAGAGAACACGGAAGGUGGACAGGUGUCCAGCAUACUUGCUCCUGCAGUACAACGAGAGCCUAGAUAGGCUGUUUAUCAGCGAACUGAAUACCCAGCAUAUACAUGUUGACUCUGACACUGCUGGAGGAGCCCCUGCUGGCAGACUUCAGAAGGCAGCGUGUCUGCAUAAACUCCAGCCCUUGCAGCUCAGCAUCAAGAAAGACCUUGACGCAGCAGAGACGCUCCCAGUAGAGCCACCAUCUCUCUGCCUAGAUAAGACGCACCUGCCCUCAAACCCAAAGCAGGGGGCCAUCAGUCCUUCUGAUCUGGCCAAGAUAGCGAAAGUGAUGAAGAACUUCCUUACGGUGGAUGAGGGUUCAAUGGCUUCCUUCAGCGUGGGUACCAGUCAAGACCUGGACCGGCUCAGCUUCCAGAGCAGCAAGAUGAGUGACUUGUUCACCCGAUUCCCAGAGAAUCUCUUGCUGCACCGGGUGGAGAAUAGCCAGGGCCAUAUUCUGUAUGCUUUCUUGGUGGAAAACAAGGAGCGAGAGAGUCGAGUGGUACAUUUCGCUGUGCUCAAGGCCGAGACAGACCCCUCUGUGGCCAAGAUGCUUAAUAUCUUUACAGAAUUCAACUCGGAUUGGCCCAAGGUCAAGGUGGUCUUUGUGGACCCUUCAUUCCCUUACCGAGCUAUUCUUCAGGAGAUCUUCCCGGCGGCCCGCAUCCUCCUUUCUAUCUACCAUACAACUCGACUCCUAGAGAAGAAGUUACAUCAAAGCUCUGCAAAUGCAUCCUUUAAAAGGCUCAUGAAGGAAGCCCUGCGGGAGGCCGUGUUUGUCUCUUCUGAUGCAAGCCUGAAAAACCUCUGUCAGAUGUCUCAAGCCCUGCUGGAUGAGGAGCUCUUCAUGUUCCUCCAGGCCCAUUGGUUCUCCUGUGAACUGCUGUGGUACAUGCAUGUGAGGAAGGGCCUGCAUGCAUGUAACACCUACAUGGACAGUUUGGACAUAGUCACCAGCAAGGUGUCAAGCCUCUUUCGGGAGCAGCGGUCCCUCCUGGACUGCAUCCUUCACUUUGUGGAUUACAUAGACUUCUUUAAUACCAAAGGUCUGAAGAGCUUGCCCACCAAUUCUCCCAAGUUAAAAAGAACUCAGCUCCCAAGCACGCCCCCAAGGCCCAAGAAGCCUUUUAGAAUUUGUGCAGGGAAUGUCACCAGGCUCCCUGUGGAAGAGACAAAGCCAGAUUCACAGCAGUCUCAAUCACUACAGCCCCAGGAUCAAUCCUGCAAAGGAGGCAUGCUGGACAUUUUGCACCAAAGUGGCUCUGAACUAGCCUACAAGCUGUGCCAUAAUGAGUGGGAGGUGGUACAGAACUCCACCCACCUGGUGGACGUGGCUGGCUCCUCCGUGGCUGUUAAGCUGCUGGAAGACUCACACCAGGUGAGCAAGGAUGGCUGCAGCUGCAGCUGCUCCUUCCAACAGUGCUACCAUCUGCCGUGCAGGCACAUUUUGGCCCUGUUGCAUACCAGCCAGCAGCCGGUAGGGGAAGCCAUGGUGUGCUGCCGGUGGCAGAAGAAGUACCAGCACCUCCUGGGGCCCAAUGGGGAGCUUCAGGACCGCGGCGUAAUCCCAAACACAGACCAGCCGGAAGCGCAAGGUCAGAACCACAGGAUUCAGGACCUAAGCAGGGAGCUGGCAAACCUGCUGAUGCAGACUGAGGGCCCAGAGCUGGAGGAGCGCUGUUCCACCCUGCGCAAGAUUGUGGACAUCUGGGCUGACCCCUACCAGUUACCCGAGUCCAGUCAGCAGCCGGUGGACUUCAAAGAUGUGGGGUGCCUCCCUUUCCUCUGGGGAAAACUGGAGGAAGGGGACAGCCUUCCUCUUGCUGAAGCCAUGGUUCAGGAUUGAAGUGCUUGUACUAGUGCGUCUCAAAACCUUGAAGUUUGAGGGUUCAAAGUGGGCGGGUCACACUGUAAGUCAGUAUUUUAAUCAAGUGUCUUCCCAGGUAAGGGCUAAGAAGAUCUUGAAGUGGAGGGACAGGGACGCCUCUGUGACAGUCCUUUGACCUGCCCCUUUUCAGCCCUGCCUUUGACAUUCUAUAGACAGCUCAUUCAUCGUUCAAAGCCAAAGUUAUUCCAUACUGAAAGGUCGUGCCCCUUCCUCCCCAGCCCCAGAGGUCAAAUUGCUUUGACCCUACAGAGAUGAACCCUUGCCCAGGAUAGGAUAAAACAAAAUGAGCUUUGUUUUCUGAGACGGAGGGGAGGAGGUGGCCCUUGACUGUCGCUGCCCUUCAGAAAAUACCUGUGAUGUAUUUUUAUUCACAUUAAUAAAGUGAUUUUGUUUUUGUUUCA